AUGAUCAAGUUACUUUAUGCCUCUGUAGCAUUAUCCGGCGUGCUAGCAGCCGCACAAUACCCUACGGUGCUUUCGCCGGUCACUCGGGAGGGUUCAACUUUACUGGUCGACGGCAAACGGUGGAAGGCAGUUGGCCCCAACAUCUACUGGCUCGGUCUUGACGAAAAUGUGGUACCCCCGGAUGGGGAACCUUACGAUGCCGCAACCAAGUCUAGCUAUCCCACCAAAGGCCGGAUUACAGAUGCUCUGGCAACCGUGCAAGCUUUGGGCGGGACUAUGAUCCGCUCCCAUACUCUCGGCACCAACCUGGGCAAUCCAUUGACCGUGAUGCCAGAAUUGGGCGUCAUCAACGAGGCAGCCUUUGAAGCUAUUGACUGGGCUGUCUAUCAAGCGGGUCUCUACGGGAUUAGAUACAUGGUCCCGCUCACGGAUAACUGGGACUAUUACCACGGCGGAAAAUACAACUUCCUCCGCUGGUUCGGAUAUAAUCUCACACAGGCCAAUGACAGCCAAAAUCCGGAGAUGCAGCAGUUCUACACGAACCAGACCAUAGUUGCCGCGUUCAAGAACUACAUCGAGAAACUGGUGACGCAUAGAAACCAGUACAACAACCUGACCUAUGCCGAGGACCCAACCAUCUUUGCUUUUGAGACUGGCAACGAACUCCAGGGCCCCCGCAACCGCGACAUGGACUGCCCAGCUGACUGGGUGCGUGACAUCACUAGCUUCAUCAAGAACCUUGCUCCCAACAAACUCAUUGUCGAUGGCACGUACGGCGUGAACCGGACACACUUCGACAUUCAAGACAUCGACAUCUUUUCGAACCACUACUAUCCCGUGAACACCACCAAGCUGCAGCUUGAUCUCGAAACUGUGGAGGGUGCCGACAGGGCCUACUUCGCCGGCGAGUACAGCUGGGUCGGCCCUGACGAUUCAAGUGGUCCUAUGAACCUCGUGUCUUUCUUUGAUAUCAUCCAGAACAGCUCAGUGGCUGCAGGCGACGCAUUCUGGAGUCUCUUUGGGCGUAACCUGCCGGACUGCAAUACAUUCGUGGAUCAUUCAGAUGGCUUCACGCUGCAAUACAAUAACCCAACCAAUUCUGAGUACACGAACAGCCGCAUCCAGCUGAUAAGGAAGCAUUUUGUUGCGAUGAGCCAGGGGAAGGAGAUUCCAGCCAAUGAAACUCUCCCAGCCGUCCCGUGCCCAGCACCAGCACUCUCCUAG